CUCCGACGGGGCAGUGUGAUCCAGCUUUGUUUUUCUGUGAAAUCGUAGGAGCCCGAUUUCCGAGACUAGACAAGGCGCAGGCUGAAAUGGACAAUUAACUCUUUUCUUCGCAGGGGAAAAGUCAGUCACUCCCAACGUUGUCUUUUGGUUGUUGCUGUCGUCGCAGUCGUCUUCGGCUCACAUCGGCACGUCGCACGCGGAGAUGCACAUCUCUGCGCGCAUCGAAAAGGCCGUCGCGGCCAACCGGCCUUUCUAUUCGCUCGAGUACUUUCCACCAAAGACGAGCCAGGGCCUGGCGAAUCUCUAUGUACGCAUCGCGCGCAUGAACCUCGAUCUCCGGCCAGAGUGGGUCCAGAUCACCUGGGGAGCGGGUGGCACGACGCAGAGGACCAGCCUUGAGCUCGCAGCGAGGGUCGAGAACGGCAUCUUGGAUCCUGACGCCGACUUUGUUGCGGCGUUUCAGCGCAAGCAGAGCGACGAGAGACUGGCGACGAAUGCGUGUCUCCAUCUCACCUGCACAAACGUCGAGCGGGCCAGCCUGGACGAGACACUGGAUAGAGCACUUGAGCUGGGUAUCACGAACGUUCUCGCGCUGCGGGGUGACCCGCCGAGGGGGCAGGAGUACUGGGUCGCCGCCGAUGAUCGCUUCCAACAUGCUACCGACCUUGUCCGCUACAUCCGAGAGAGGCACGGAGACAAGUUCUGCAUCGGCGUGGCAGGCUACCCCGAGAUGCACCCCGAUGCAGCCUCCUCCUCGUCUUCGUCUUCGUCAGCAGAGAUCGACUAUCUUCUCGAGAAGCAGCGAGCAGGUGCCAACUUUAUCGUCACGCAGCUUUUCUACGAUGUCGACGCAUUCGUGCACUGGUACGCUGCCUGCCGGGCCCGCGGCAUCACUCUGCCAAUCCUCCCUGGCAUCAUGCCGAUACAAAACUACCAGUCAUUCCGGAGGAUGACGACAUUGUGUAAGACAAAAGUCCCCCAGGCUGUCUGGGAUGCUCUGGAGCCCAUUCGGCACGACGAUGCGGCAGUCAAAGAAUUUGGUGUGCGACAGGCGACCAACAUUAUUCGUCGGCUGUGCGACGAGACGGACAUUCGCGGCUUCCACAUCUGUACGCUGAACCUGGAAAAGAGCGUACGCGGGCUACUCGAAUCGCUCGGCUGGGUCUCCCCAAAGACUGCCGUGCAAAAGGGCCCAGGAGGAUUGCUCCCCGACCAGCAGCCCUGGGACGAAUUUCCAAACGGACGAUACGGUGACUCAAGGAGUCCAGCGUACGGCGAGCUCGACGGCUAUGGCGUGAGUCUCAAAGUGGCGCCACAAGAGGCCCUCCGGCUCUGGGGCUUUCCCCUCGCCGAGGCGGACGUGUCGACGAUCUUUUGCGACUACCUGUGCGGUCGACGGACGUCGAUUCCCUGGUGCGACUGCCCCAUCAUGGACGAGACGGCAUCGAUCCGGUCUGAGCUCCUCUCGCUCAACUCGGCGCAGAGGACUUGGUGGACCGUCGGCUCGCAACCCGCCGUCGACGGCGUCGACUCGUCGGACCCCACCUACGGCUUCGGGCCCAAGGCGGGCCACGUCUUCCAAAAGGCCUUUGUCGAAUUCUUUGCCACGGGGCAGCACCUCGCGGCGCUCCAGCAGCGCAUCGCUGCAAGCGCUGGGCGCGAGGAAGGGUGGAUCACGUUUCUUGCAGGGAAUCGCAGGGGCGACUUUGUCACCAAUAUGCGCGAGGGCGACGUCAAUGCCGUCACAUGGGCCGUCUUUCCUGGCCAGGAAAUCGUGCAGAGCACAAUCAUCGAGGAGGAGAGCUUCAAGGCCUGGCGGGACGAGGCCUUUGCCAUCUGGGCAGAGUGGGAGCUCCUCUUUGCCAAGGGCUCGCCCACGCGCGAGCUUCUCCGGCGCAUCGGCGACGAGCGGUGGCUCGUCACUGUCGUGCACCACGACUUCAAACGCGAAAAGGCCCUCUGGACCUUUCUUGACUCUGUCGUUGCAUCGUCAUCCUAGAUAUCUACAA